AUGUUUGAUAUUAUUAAAGUAACAACAUGUUUUCACAAAACUUUUGCCUUUUAUGUCAUUAUUUUUUUAAUUGUCAGUGUUCAAUGCAGAAAUGCCUUUAAUCCAAAGCUGCGCUUAAGGUUUUGUUUGUUAAAAUACUGGCUAGGAUAUUUGGCAGGAAACAAAUUAAAAUUGGAUGUUUUGCAAGGUUUAGAUCGGUCAAGUAAACACAGUCCUAAAAAGAAUUUUGGAAAGGAAAAGAAGAAAAACACACGUAUAUGCCUUUCAUCAAAGUUUAGCCAUUUGUAUAAAGUCAAAUUUCACAUAUGUCACUACUUUUCCCGUUUCUUUUUAAUUGUAGACGCACAAAUCGGCUCGAUCGAAGAUGACACAAGGAUAAUCAGAGGUCCGAUAAACAGCAGCUUUACGCUCCAGUCUGUUCUACCUGAUGUGUAUAAGGCUGUUGUUAUUAACAAUCGCAGCUUCCCAAUAACAAAUGGCGUUUGCACAACCAGCUACUUCACCUGCGCAUAUAUUCAAGUAAAAUCGUUUGCAUUAAAAGAUCUUUUCAUAAAUUAUUAUAGUGCGUCCAUAUCACGCGGUGGUGACGUUGACAGGAAAAAUUUCGGAAGAUUUAAGUUGGAUUACGUUUAUACCACAAAGGAAGUCCGUAAUUGCUGUAUCAAUUGCUGUGUUCCCAAACAACGUGUGGACACAUUCCACAAAAAUAAUUUGAUUCGGAAUCCAAAUCAGCCAUUUUUCAUUGAUGCUCUCAACAUGACAGAAGCCAAGCUUACUUCUACAUUCAAUGGAACUGGAACACCGGUAUGCAGGUUUUGGUUUUUAAUUAGUGCCCUUGAUUCUCUGCAUUCUAGUAUUUCCAGUUUAUCCCACAUACAUUUGUGUACUUUCGGGAUUUGCCUGUUUGUGUGUUUUAACGGUCGUCUGCGAGUUGAUGCCAAGAAGUUUAUUGCUGGACCGAGGCCUGUGGCUGGCGCAAACUCACAAAUUUGGGUAGUUAUCAAUUUAUUGUUAACAGUAAAGGCUUCUCUUGACAGUUUUCCAAGGACUUCGGAAUAUAAAAAGUCUAAUAUUGCAUUACUGAACAGCAAAUUUUUGGAUUUUCCACCAACGGCGAUCCAAAGGACUCCAUUGAAAACAUCAUCAACACCGGUCUAA